AAGGACCCCACCACCAACAUCCCGUCCCCCCCGCCUUCCCUCCCGCCGCCCGGGAAGGCCAACCCCGCCUGCCUGAGUCACGGCCGGAGCUGGGGAGGAGCCGGGGAAGGCGGCCCCAGCCCAGAGCGCAGCCGGCGGCUUCAGGGAGAGCCAGGGCAGGGCAGUCGGGGAGCAUGGGGGAGAGCGCGCUGGAGCCGGGGCCUGUUCCCGGAGCGCCGGCUGGGGGCCCGGUGCACGCCGUCACGGUGGUGACCCUGCUGGAGAAGCUGGCCACCAUGCUGGAGGCGCUGCGCGAGCGGCAGGGGGGCCUGGCUCAGAGGCAGGGCGGCCUGGCGGGCUCCGUGCGUCGCAUCCAGAGCCGCCUGGGCGCGCUGAGUCGCAGCCACGACACCACGAGCAACGCGCUGGCGCAACUGCUCGCCAAGGCGGAGCGCGUGGGCUCGCACGCCGAUGCCGCCCAGGAGCGCGCCGUGCGCCGAGCCGCCCAGGUGCAGCAGCUGGAGGCCAACCACGGGCUGCUGGUGGCGCGCGGGAAGCUCCACGUUCUGCUCUUCAAGGAGGAGGCUGAAAUCCCGGCCAAGGCCUUCCAGAAGGCGCCGGAGCCCUUAGGCCCGGCGGACCAGGCCGAACCUGGCCCACAGCAGCCAGAGGGCGAAGGUGGGGAGAGCUCAGACGAGGAGGAGCCCGUGGAGUCCAGGGCGCUGCGGCUGCGGCGUGCCGGGUUGGUACAUAGCUUAAGAAGGGCCUUUUCGGGCCGGAAAGGGCCUGCAGCGCCAACCCCCACGCCUGUUAAGCCUCCUCGCCUUGGGCCUGGCCGCAGCCCUGAGGGCCAGCCGGAAGCCCAGCCUGAGUCGGAGUCUAAGCAGGAGCCAGAACCUCCGCAGGAUACCGAGGAAGAUCCCGGGAGACCUGGGGCUGCCGAAGCAGCAGCGGCUGUGCUCCAAAUAGAGAGUGCGGCCUGAUGGCCGGUGCUGCCUGCCUCCCCCGUGCCGAUGCCUAGCCCCGAAAUAAAUCUUCCUCUCAGAAUGCAGCGUUCCGGCCCAAAUAAGGAGUGAAUCCUGCAUCCACAGCCCAGCGCUGGCCCUCCCUUCCUGGCUUCUUAAGCCCAGCACCCUGUGUCCUUUAAAAGAGCAGCCACUCGCACCUGCUUACACUCACCGUCAAUAAAAGUCAUGGCACCUAAUCCGGACUCCAUGUGAAGGGGUGGGGGAAAGGCGAUGCAAGGAAUAAGACAGACGUUGGAACCUGGAGUGUGGCUUCCAUUUCAAACAGAUCAUUGUGUGAUCUCUCCAGUUUCCACUGAAUCCUGGGCUCUCCCCCAGUGGCACAUAGACAUAUCCUUCUGGCUACUUGCUCCUUCAGCACUUUCCUCCUCAAGACACACAAUCAUAAUUCUUUCCCAGCAUCUAGUACAGUCCCUUGCUGUAGGUGCUCAAUAAAUGUCAACUUGUGGUUUUCCCCUUAGUCUCUUCUUCCUCUACCACCUCUUAAAAGUUGGGUUUUCCGAGAUUCUGUUCUUAGCCCUCUUCUCAUUCUGGGUAUUCUUCCAUUAACUCCCACUGCUGGGGCUCUCCUAUGGGCCACAUACCCCCUAGACCACUGUCUUGAGUUGUAUUUGAAAAGGAAUCCAAACUCCAAAUGCAUCCAAAAGAAGCAGCGUGUCUUCUACCUUUUAAUUAAGUUCAAUUCAACAGCUAUUUAUUGAGCACUUACUAUGUAUCAUUCAAAAUUGCUCCUCCUCCUGUGUUUUCUUUACCAGUGAAUGGCACCAUCAUCCAUCCAGAAACCUGGGAGUCUUCACUGGCUCCUCCUCUCUCUCCUUCCCCUACCACAUGGAGACAGUUAUCCUGCUGAUAACUCUGAUCUCUUCUCUUUUCUUAAUACCCAUUGCUGCUGCUCUGUUUCAGGCUUCGCCUUUCAUCUGACUGUUAUUUGAACUGCCAAUCUGAUCACAUCACCCUCCUGAUCCAGACCCUUCAACAGUUCCCCAUCACCUUCAGAAUAAAGUCCAAGUUCUUGAACGUUACCUUCAAGGCCCUUCAUGAGCUGGUACCUGCCCAUUUUUGUAGCCUCACCUCUUGCCACUUCCCUUCAUUCUACUACUGAAUCACGAUGAGCCCUGUGCUCCCACUCUCAUCUCUACUGCCCUACAAAAGUCAGCAAGGUACCCCUGUUUUAGGGCCAGAUGCUUCUCUUCCUUGCUCCCAAAGCACCACUUGCACGCUUCAGUGCUAACUGCACUAAUGGUGAUUGUUUGCCAUUACUCUCCCGCCACCACCCCAGCUCCACUAGACUGUGGCUCCUUUGCAGUAGAGACUGUUUUAUUCAUUUCUGUAUUUCCCAUACCUAAUACUAUGCCUGGUGCACAGUAGGCCCUCAU